CAAAUAAUCAUCAUGUUCAACAAACACCGACUAGUGUCAUUCGUAAGGAUACAAAUAAUAGUGUUUUAGAUAAACGAGAUUAUGAAGCAGAUACAUUUUCUAAGAGAGAUUCCGAAACUAUCGUGCAAAGUCUAUCAAACACACACCUAAGUUUAGACACUGAACAGGAAGCGGAAGCAUUUCUAUACAACGGCAAACAUAGUCAGCUAAGUAAAAGUAUGCCCUUUCCACCGAUAUCGGCCAAAGGUAAACCGUUAACGGCGAGAUCUGGCGUCCACUCAAUACACGACGACGCCGACAAUGACUCAGAUGAAACAGACGAAUCAUCUUUUGAAACGGGUGACGAUUAUGAAAAUCUACUUAGCCCAUCAAAAACAUGCACAAGCGAAAGACGAAAUGGCAAAAUAAAUUUAGAGCGGUCUUUCAAACAGAAGAUGCAUGCGCUUAAAUCACAGAACACUUCUUUAAUAAAGCAAGUGGAAGAUCUUGAAGGCGAAAAUGAUGAGCUGCGAACGAGGUUAAGUCGGGUUCAAGGUGACCUUCUAUCGGACAAUAACCCGCAUGUGUCGGACCUAACAGACAAAAAUAGGCCAACUAAAAUUGCCGAGAGAUUUUCCGAACUCUACAACAAUGAAUGGACAAACGCGUAUGAGAAACUGGUCGAUACUGGACAUAUGAAACCUCUAGAAACUGUCAAUAUUCUCUUACAAAUAUUACAGGGCGUGUAUUCAGUUUGCUAUGAAAAGUCUAAAUUAGAUCUCGACGUCGUGACAACGUCAAUUGCAAAGUUUACAGGUUGUGUAAAUUAUGAAAAUUUACCUCGAACGCUUCGCUCAUCGCUACAAGAGUACACAGCAUUCCGAAAGAGGAAUCAUCAAGCCUUCCUUCCAGAACUUCAAAAGGUUGCCGAAAGCGUUGUUGAAAUGUGGAUAUCUUAUCCCUCACAGAGGUCGCAAGAACUAUUAAGAGUAUUGCCACGUUGCUAUAGAGCUGUGCUGGCUUAUGUGCAUCCAACGCCCACCAGUUGUCAUGGUAACCGAAUGCAACGUUGGCGACCAUUUCGACAGAAACAUGUUUACAGAAUAUACGGUCGAGGGGACAUUGUAUGAGUACCUUGUGUGGCCACCUUUGCUGCUACACAAAGAUGGUGAAUUGCUGAGUAAGGGCGUGGCUCAA